UUCUUACACAUGUUUUGGAAUUCUUUUUUUUAAUUAUAAAUCUCAUGUGACAUAAAUAACCAGACACAUUAGUUAAUUGAAUGACACUACUCAAAAUUUUUGUUUCUGGCACACACUAAAAUUUAAGUUACACAUUUUUUUCAAGAGCCCUGGGCAAAAUUUCAAGUAAUGAUGUCCAAAAUGGGCCUAAAAUUCCUAAGGUUCAAGCCCAUGACCGCCAUUCGCCGUUGGCAAAAUACAGAUGCGUACUGCGGUGAGGGUAAUACAAAGAAAGGUCUUGUCCUUGGUGUAUAUGAAGGAUGCAAAGCCGGAGAAUACAAAUUCACACCAACAGGAUCAAAAUUUGAUGAGGAAGUGGGUGGAAAGGUUUCUGAACUUGUGAAAGGGACUGACAUGUCCGUUGGGAAGACCAGAGUGUUCCACAAUCUUGGUAGUGAAUUCUAUGCUGUAGCUUUGGCUGGAUUGGGGCAAGAGGGCCUCUCUUAUAAUGAAAAUGAAACAUUGGAUGAAUGCAAAGAAAACAUCCGUAUUGCAGCAGGUCUUGGCUCGAUGGCCCUUAAUAAAAAUGGAGUGGCUAAAAUAUUUGUAGAAGGAUUCACAAAUACCGAGGCCGCUGCUGAGGGUUCAACAUUAGCAGUCUGGAAAUAUCAGGAGUUAAAACAUUCUGAAAAUCGAUCACAGGAAUCAACUGUCGAUCUUUAUGAUGAUCCUGAUGUGGAAAGCUGGGCAAGAGGUAAAAUAAAAUCAGAAUCACAGAAUAUAGCGCGUAAGCUUGAGGAGACACCUGCAAAUAUAAUGACACCAAUGAAAUUUGCGCAGUCUGCUAUUGAAAUUUUAUGCCCCUGUGGAGUUCAAGUUGAUAUCAGAGAUAGAGAUUGGAUCAUGGAAAAAGGAAUGACUGCUUUCCUUGCAAUGGCUAGAAGUUCUUGCGAUCCGCCUUUAUUUCUUGAAAUAUCUUACUGUGGAGGUAGUGAAGAGGAUAAACCAGUAGUACUUGUUGGCAAGGGAGUCACCUUCGACAGUGGCGGUUUGUGCCUUCACCCAUGCAGACUUAUGAAUGAAUACAAAGCUGACAUGGCAGGAGCUGCAGUCAUCGUCGGUACGAUGAAAGCUCUCGCACUUCUUGGCCUCCCGAUUAACGUCACAGGUUUAAUACCGUUAAUGGAAAAUAUGCCUGGUGGCAUGGCCAUGAAGCCAGGAGAUGUCGUUGCCGGCUUGGGCAAAAAGACAAUGAGAAUCGAAAACCCCUCACACGAUGGCAGAAUCAUUUUAAGCGAUGCUCUUGCCUUCUCAACAAUUUAUAAGCCUUGCCUCGUCAUCAGCAUUGCCACCUCUACCCAAGGGAUAAGGGAGGCAUUAGGAUCUUCAGCGAGUGGCUCCUUUACCACAUCAGAAGUAGUAUGGAAAGAAAUGAGAAAAGCUGGAGCUGUUACUGGUGACAGAGUUUGGAGAAUGCCGGCAUGGAAAGUUUUCACUGACAAAGUCACAAAUUUUGAAUCUGUCGAUGUAGAUAAUGUUGGUAAAUUUUAUGGAAGUCCAAGUAAAAAUGCUGCUUUCCUUUUGGAAUUUGCACCACCUGUUGAUUACAUGCACAUGGACAUCUUUGGAACUGGGAUGAGAAGUUAUGGAAUACCAGCUUACUUGAAAGAGGGACACAUGACUGGCAGGCCGACAAGGACAGUAGUGCAGUUCCUGAACCAAAUGGCAUGUCCUAUGGACAAGGUUACUGAAUGUUAAGACUAACACGAAGACAUUGUUUCAUAUUUGUAUUAAUGAGUCACAAAAAUUUAAAUAAAUAAUGUUGUUAAAACCAGCUUAAA